AUGUCUGGUGUAUACGCAGAACAGGAGAAGAAAGGCGGCUCUGGGCCGUCUUCUGCUCACAGUGAACCUUUGCAAUCUGAUCUGGAGGCCCGCAGAGCUUCUGGUACGACACCUCUGGAUGUACUGGAGAAGGUCGAGGGGACAGAUGAAGCACAUCCUAUGCACUGGGGGUUAUGGAAGAAGUGGUUCGUUAUCACUGUCUACUGUUUACUACAAGUUUACGUGACGAUGACUUCGACCAUGUACGUCUCAGUCGAGUCCUUGAUCCAGGAGAAAUUCCCUUGUACGCUUCAGGUCGUAACGCUCGGCCAAUCGAUGUUUAUUAUCGGCACUGCUGUUGGACCUGUUUUCCUUGGACCAUUGUCGGAUCUCGGAGGUCGCAAAUGGGUUUACGUCGUUUCCAUCUUGCUCUAUGCUAUCUUGAACAUUGGCUGUGCCCUAGCCUACAAUUUGCCUAUGCUCAUCAUUUUCUGCUUCCUGGUCGGUGUUGCUGGAUCUACUGCUUUGUCAAACGUUGCAGGAACCAUCAUCGAUCUUUUUGGCGCCGAAGAUGGCGCGGGUCAGCCAAUGGCCCUCUUCGUACUGAGCUCCAACUAUGGUGCAAGUUUGGGAUCACCCAUUGGUGAAUGGAUUGGCAUCAACCCACACAUGGGCUGGCGCUGGAUCUUCUACAUGAACAUCAUCUGGGGUGGUGCUUUCGCACUUGCGAUGUGCUUCAUGCCCGAGACGCUUCCCACCAUCGUCAUUGCAAGAGAGGUCAAGAAGCGCAACACCGAUGACCCUAACGCCAAGGUCGUCGCUGCCGAAAUGACUAAGGUCAAUGUAUUCCAAGAAAUCCGCUUUGUCUUGACAAUGGCAUUGCGAAUCAUGUGCACCGAGCCUAUCGUCAUCUUCCUUGGCUUCUACAACGGUUUCGCCUAUGGCCUCCUGUUCCUGUACCUCGAUGGUGUCUUCGACGUCUUUGUCGACAACAAUGGUCUCAGCUACGUCGGCGCCAGUCUGUCGUACCUCAACUUCUGCGUCGGUGUAACCGUCAUGUUCAUCUUCGUUCCCGUCCAAACCUACCUCUUCCGCAAGGACCGCAUCAAGCACGGCAAGCACCGCCCCGAAGCCCGCUUCCUCACCUCUCUGGUCACAGUCUGGUUGUUCCCCAUCACCCUCUUCUGGUUCGCCUUCACCUCCAACGGAAAGACUUCCUACUGGUCCCCCAUCGUUGCAGGCGGUGUCCUCGGUUUCUGCGAUCCUUUGCUGUGGUUGGGAAUGCUCAACUACCUCGGCGACACAUAUAGCAAUGUUGCUGGAUCUGCUGUUGCUGCUUUCUUGAUCCCUUCGUUCUUGAUUGCGGCUGCCAUGUGUCAUGCUGGUGUUGCCAUGUUCCAGAACAUGAGCUCCACUUGGGCUUUUGCUACUCUGGCUUUCAUUUCUCUGGGUCUGGUUGCUUUGGUGUAUAUCCUUUACUUCUUUGGCCCUAAGCUCAGGAGACGCAGCAAGCUGGCAACCGUCUACUAG